GAGCUUAUUGACAGGCGUUCCCAGCUACCGACUUCAGAGUAGCUGUAACUGGCAGCAGAACUGUAGCCAUGUGUGGAAUCUUUGCCUAUCUCAACUACCACGUGCCAAGGACUCGCCGUGAAAUCCUUGAGAUCCUCCUUAAAGGUCUACGUCGUCUGGAGUACAGAGGCUAUGAUUCAGCUGGUGUUGGAAUUGAUGGGGGCAACAGCAAAGAUUGGGAGGUCAACGCCAGAUCUAUCCAGCUGAUCAAGCAGCGUGGAAAAGUGAAGGCCCUGGAUGAGGAGAUCCAUAAACAGCAGGAUAUUGACCUGGAUGUGGAGUUCGAUGUCCACAGUGGCAUUGCCCACACUCGCUGGGCCACUCACGGUGAGCCCAGCCCAGUCAACAGUCAUCCACAUAGAUCUGACAAAAACAAUGAAUUCAUAGUCAUUCACAAUGGCAUUAUCACCAACUACAAAGACCUGAAGAAAUUCCUGGAGAGCAAAGGUUAUGAGUUCGAGUCAGAGACUGACACAGAGAGCAUCGCCAAGUUGGUGAAGUACAUGUAUGACAACCGGGAGAGCGACGACAUCAGUUUCGCCACGCUGGUUGAACGUGUGACUCAGCAGCUGGAAGGAGCUUUUGCACUGGUCUUCAAGAGUGUCCACUAUCCCGGCGAGGUGGUUGGUACAAGGAGGGGAGGUCCUCUGCUGAUUGGAGUGCGCAGUGAUCACAAGCUGUCCAGCGACCAUAUUCCUGUGCUCUACCGCUCAUCUACUAAAGACAAGAAGAGCUGCAGCACCCUACCCAGGACAGACCAGGACACCUGCCUGUUUCCAGUAGAUGAAAAAGCAGUGGAGUACUAUUUUGCAUCUGAUGCGAGCGCGGUGAUCGAGCACACAAACCGGGUGAUCUUCCUCGAGGACGACGACGUAGCCGCCGUGAUGGAUGGCCGGCUGUCGAUUCACAGGAUAAAGCGCACAGCUGGAGACUACCCAGCCCGUGCCAUCCAGACCCUGCAGAUGGAACUACAGCAGAUCAUGAUGGGCAACUACAGCUCCUUCAUGCAGAAGGAGAUCUUUGAGCAGCCAGAGUCUGUUGUUAACACCAUGAGAGGGAGAGUCAACUUUGACAACAACACAGUGACACUGGGUGGACUUAAGGAUCACAUCAAAGAGAUUCAGAGGUGUCGCCGACUUAUCCUCAUUGCUUGUGGCACCAGCUAUCAUGCUGGAGUAGCAACCCGCCAGGUGCUGGAGGAGCUGACCGAGCUGCCUGUCAUGGUGGAGCUGGCCAGCGACUUCCUGGACAGGAACACGCCUGUUUUCCGAGACGAUGUCUGCUUCUUUAUCAGCCAGUCAGGGGAGACCGCUGACAGCCUCAUGGCCCUGCGCUACUGUAAGGAGAGGGGGGCUCUGACUGUGGGCGUCACUAACACAGUGGGCAGCUCCAUCUCGAGGGAGACUGACUGUGGCGUCCACAUCAACGCCGGGCCAGAGAUCGGAGUAGCGAGCACCAAGGCCUACACCAGUCAGUUUGUGGCCUUGAUCAUGUUUGCCCUCCUGAUGUGCGAUGACAGGAUUUCAGUGCAGCCCAGGCGCCGUGAGAUAAUCCAGGGCCUAAGAGUGCUUCCAGAUCUGAUUAAGGAGGUCCUCAGUUUGGAUGAUGAAAUCCAGAAGCUGGCAACAGAGCUGUACCAGCAGAAGAGUGUGCUCAUCAUGGGCAGAGGCUACCAUUACGCUACCUGCUUGGAGGGAGCACUGAAAAUCAAGGAAAUCACGUACAUGCAUUCAGAGGGUAUCCUGGCAGGAGAGCUGAAACACGGCCCGCUGGCCCUGGUGGAUAAACUCAUGCCGGUGAUCAUGAUCAUAAUGAGAGACCACACUUAUGUCAAGUGUCAGAAUGCCCUGCAGCAAGUUGUUGCUCGCCAGGGUCGUCCUAUUGUGAUCUGCGACAAGGACGAUCACGAAACCAUCAAAAACUCCAGCCGCACCAUCAAAGUGCCUCACUGUUUGGACUGCCUGCAGGGCAUCCUGAGCGUUAUCCCUCUGCAGCUGCUGUCCUUCCACCUGGCUGUCCUCAGAGGCUACGAUGUGGACUGUCCAAGAAACCUGGCCAAGUCCGUGACAGUAGAGUGAGCCGCACCAUUCAUCACUAACAACAAAAGCUUGGCGUAGACACACAUUCAAGCACAGACCCCAAAGGAAGCGUCUGUGUGAAGUAAACCAUCAGAAGAUGACGUCCUGUCCUGUGUCUUGUGUGUCGUGGCUCUUUUUUUUUUCUUCUUUUUUUUUAAUGUAGUCUUUCAGUAAUCGCUCUUGUAUCUCACUGUUGUGUAUUAUCACAGUGUUGCAUUGUUUCUUUUAUCAGAAAGCUUUGACAACAUUUGUUUUUUCUUUGUUGUUGCCGGUGGCAAGGAAUGGGUUGGGAAUGACAUAUAACGUGCAUAUCACUUUUUCGGGGGUGAACCUGUAUCAACCUUCGCUGGCCAUUUAUGGGCAUGCCUUCCAUGUUUAUCUGUUGCUGAUUGGGCUCUCUGGAAGCUGAUGUUAAAGCUCACAGUAGUUUACGCUUUAAAGACCUCACUGGCUCAUUUUCUCUUUUAGUGCAAUGAUUUGUAGUUUAGUUGGGAUUUUUUUUUCCUUGGCAGCUAAUCAUUCAAAGUGUCUUUACUCCACAGUUGAUGUAAACCACAGUCUUGAAUCAUUCCAAGCCACAGGUCAUCGCUUCUUCAUAAUUGCAGUGUGGUUUUGAUACACUUUCCCCUCUUGGAUUUUCUUCUGAGGACACGCAGCAAAGAGCAGCAUCAAAUGUCCGAUCAGAAAAAGUUUGUGAAUACUGUCAUAAAUCUUCUAAUGUUGCUGUGUGUAAGCCCAGGAAUUCGGUUUUUUAAACUCUGGUUUUGGUCCACUCAGUUAAUGAGAGGAACCACCUACACCAGAGUCUGAGACGUCGCUCGUUCACUCUUUCCUAUUUUUCUCGACACGAUCCUGUUACUGUAAACGCUCUCUGGGUGCAGUUUAGCGUUUCAUUCUCGUGUGGGACUUUUCGCAUAAAGGUUUCUUUUAAUCAAUAAACUGAAGUAAUGCAAUUGAGAUAAAGUUGCAAACCUGAAGUAGAGGCAGUCGCCAGCCCACACCUUGCCACCGUCAUUUUGCAAUCUUGGGACCAUUUGUAGCUUUUCUUCUUUCUUUUUUUUCCUCCUCUUGUUACAUUUGUUUGUUAAUUGGUUUUUUGGAAGGAAUUUUAUAUUAUUGAAGUUACUCUUUCAUUUAAAAUGUUAAUGUUACUGUCAUCUGAAAUGUCAAACCAAAAAUCUGUCUCUGGUGGCUUUGGCAAUCAUAAACCAAAUCUCUUUUUUUCAGUUUCACUGUUGCUUUUGUAGCCAAACAUGAACUGAUUUUGCAGAUCGUAUGCUAUGAAGUUAUUCUGAGGCCCUGAGGGCACGUAUACACACAGUCGCUUGGCAGCAUGUCAUACUGUAGACGUUGACUUUGGUCAGAAGCCAAAUGCCAAGCUGUGUGUCUGUGAUCCCAGGUGUCUUUUAAAUUCAGAAGCCAAGAAAAGUGACAUUGCGCGCGCGCGCACACACACACACAGUUAUGCAGUAGAGAAAGAAUAGGAGCAGCUUUUUUUAAGCCUGCAUUCUUUAAGUUUAAAGAUAUUUAUCUUGCAUUUACAAUCAAGCCUUAACUUGGACUUCAUUUUCCCCCCUUGAGCCUUUUCUGAGCCAGUGAAAUGUUGUUACAGGUACUUUUGUAACCCACACUCGAAACACUUUUUGAUUUACUGUCUGGAUGUAUUGAUCAAGGAUGCUGCACUGGAUCCUAGCACCAUCUGUUGGGUUACAGAGGGAGUGGGAGUACUAUUUAUUAGUGGAACUGAUGCAAUAAAGUGUCACGUACGUAUCUUUUAAAAGUGUCUGGGAGUUAUUGGAUUGAGGAUGUGUGCGCUUGUGGAUUUACAUGACCUAAAAUACUGACAGUGAUAACAAAAGGUGUCUGUACGAUUUUUAUUCCAAUAAAUACGCUGUAGAAAUUCAG